GUCGAUAACGUUUUCGGUAUAAUUUUUACAAAGUAAUUUGAACAUAGCUGCGUUGAAGAAAGCCAUAUUUUUUAUAUAACAGAAGUAAAGAAACGCUGCUUCAAACGAUGGUAUACGAUUUCUGAUAAACAGGAGGAAAGAUUUAAUUUAUUCAUAUAUUUAAAUUUUAGUGUCGUAGUCGCAGUAUUGAAUGUUUUUCUGAUUAUGAGCCGAAAAUAUUCUAAUAAAGCGUUCUGAGCCUAGCUUUCGCUUGUAUUUAUAUUUCAUUUACCAGAAGUAAAUUCUAUGCUGUGAAGUAUUAAAUCAAUUGUUUAAAUGCGUCGAGUUAUCUGCUGUAAAAUUCGCCCGUCUGGUACUGGAUUACCUUGCUUGCUUGGCAAAAUAAUCCUAUCAUUUUUCGUUGUCUAUGGUUUAUUUCAAUUCCUGAAAAAUAAUGUUGUAAAAACGGAUUCGAGAUUAAGGGAACGUUCGCUUGCGGAUAUGACUUCGACUUCGAACUGGCAAUGUGAAUUAAACAAGAGAAUGUCACAUGAGUUACGCAAAGAAGUCAAAGAGAAAGAAAAAUUGUUGAAUUAUCGAGGCAAAGUUAUUGCUAAAUUGCGAUCUCAGUUAAUCGAGUUAAAUUCUACCAAUUCCGUGUUGAGGGACACGUUAGAAAACUUAACAGAUGUUAUGGUUUCACGUAAAAAACACACGAUUCAAUAUACUGAACAGCACCACAAUGCAUCUGAGAAAAUAAAAUAUGAGACUGUUCCGUUUCCGGAGAAUAUAAAAGAUAAAGUCGAUCGAGCAGCGCGACCAUGUUGUAUCGCACUGAAGCGAAUGACCGACAUUUUACGAGUUUAUAUGGAAACGACACAAGAUUUACGAGAACAAGUUGCGGCUUAUCGGCAAUUAAACAUUACAGAAAAAAUGUACGAGUACGCCGAAAUUGAAAAGCGCAAAUUUGCAACACUUAAUUGUAGCGAAAGAUUUCGUAACGAGAUUGCAAAUUUAACGAAAAAGCCCGAAAAACAUGCGUUGUAUCAAACAUAUUCAAGAGGUUUUUUUUACGAAACGUUUCCGGUAAAUCGAAUAUAUGCAAAACAAAAGUUUAAAUCUAAAAGUUAUCAUCGUAACAUCGACUUCGCCAAAGCCGUAAAUUUCGCGCUUCAAGAAGUCAUAAAGGACACUAAGCUCCCAAGCACGCUUUUUGAAAUGAAUGAUGCGCUUGUCCGUUACGAUGAGUUACGAGGCUCGGAGUACAAGCUUACAUUUUUGUUUAAUAAAACUCGUGUUUUUUCGGUUGAUGUCAUUAAACCGUUUGGUCCUCAUAUUGUUCCUCAGCGGAUUACUGAACAGACGUUAAAAAGCAAAGAACUCAUCAACAUCAUCGUCCCUGUUAGUGGGCGCAAAAAUAGAUUAAAAGAAUUCCUCGAAAAUAUUCGACUCUCAGUUCUCGAGCAAGGAGAAAACUUAUACCUUACCGUGAUAAUUUACGGAACAGAUACAAAUAACACCAUCAAAAACAUUAUAAAAAAAUUUAGUAGGGACAAUAAUUUUAAAAAUUAUGACGUAUUUAAAAAGAACUUACCGUUUAAUCGUGGUAGAGCUUUGCAUGAUGGGAUUACCCGUUGGAAUGGUUACAAUAAUGUACUAAUGUUUUUGUGUGACGUAGACAUUAAAUUCGAUUAUAAGUUUUUGACUCGUUGCCGGCAAAAUAGUGUAUUAGGGAAGUCUGUGUACAUGCCCAUUGUGUUUAGUUUGUAUAAUCCAGAGAUAGUGUUUCGAAACAAUUUUACGGGAACCGAUAGAUUUACUAUAUCUGAUACUACAGGAACGUGGAGACCUCUGGGGUAUGGAAUGUUGUGCGUCUAUAAACCUGAUUACAUCAAUGCACGUGGGUUUAAUUUAAGAAUAAAUGGUUGGGGUGGAGAAGACGUUAACUUAUAUCACAGAUUUCUAAAGAAAGGUUUGAAGGUCAUUCGCGCUCCGGACCCAGACCUGUAUCAUGUGUGGCAUCCGAAGUUGUGUUCAAACACACUGAGUAAACGACAAUAUGAAACUUGCAUUGGCUCCAUAGCGCGUUACGAAGGUUCUCAAAGACAACUCGGAGUUUUACUGCUUUCCAAAAACAAGACAAAUGCAACUUAGUUUUUUAAUGCAACAUUUAAUAAUCCCGAUGUACAUUUAGUUGAAAUAUGUUUAAAU